AUGGCCGCCACUCUAGACCAGCGCCAAAAACAGCCAAACCAUCGUCCAUCGUCCCUAACUUCCACUUCUAUAUAAAAAGCCAUAUCCAUUAACUGGUUUAGACAACAAAAGAGGAAAAGAAAGAAAGAGAAAAAAAAAAAAGAAACAGCAAUAUCAAAAUGGCAUUUAAGGCAGCAAUAUUAAUAUCACUGAUAGUGUCUUCAAUGCUAGUAAUUGCUCCUCAUGUUUAUGCAAAAAUAACAUGCGAGCAAGCAACUGCUCUGUUAACUCCGUGCAUCGUGUACGGUGUUUUUGGCGGUGUUGUGCCACCGGCAUGUUGCUAUGGUGUUAAAAAGUCGAUUGAACUCGCUAACACCACCGAAGAUCGAAGGCUUAAAUGCCAAUGCGUCAAGGACGGUGCUGCUAAUAUCCCUGGACUCAAUUAUACUCGAGUUAAUGAGCUUCCUGCUAUUUGUGGAACUACUUCUCCAUAUAUAGUUAGCCCUAAGACUGACUGCUCCAAGAUACCAUAGAACAUAGAGGAUUCGAGGUUAUGAUUCUAAAGUAGCUGGGAGGAGAAUAAUUAAAAGCUUGAAGGGUGUGGAAGAGUUUAACUAUAUAUUGAAGAACUAGAGUUCUUCUCUGGUUAUUGAUUAGUACUGCAACAAAGACAAAUAAAAAGCCAAUGUUGUAUCAAUAAAAUGGUACUUUUUGUAAUUUGAUUAUGUUUACAAGAUAAUUAAGUAUGAGAACAAUAUUUAAUUGCUUGCUAA